AUGGGCCGAAUGGGCAGCGAUCAGGUCACUCAAAAUUCUUUCAAAUAUGGCUGCCCCCUUGGAGUUGUACAGUUGGAUAGGCGAUUAUGGAUUACCUUCAAUAGAUGUCGACUGUUUAACUGUGCUGGUACUCUACCUGCUCUGAAGACCAGGGAAGAAGGAAGCAUCUCCCAAACCAGUAAGAUCAUCAUUCAUCUCAGGAAACAGGAGUACAAUGCAGACUAUGACCUGUCGGUAAAAGAGGGUGCAGAUGCGCUUGCCUUUGUCUCUCUACUGGAGGAGAAAUUGCUACCAGCACUGGUUUACACACUGUGGAUUGACUCUAAAAACUAUGUGGAUGUUACACGGUGCUGGUAUGCGGAAAACAUCCCCUUCCCUCUCAACUUCCUGUUGCCCAACCGCAUGCAUGGCCAGCAGCUUGAGGGACUGAGACUCGUGAGGGGUGACCCAGUCCUGGAACCCGGUGAACAGCUGGAGAAAGAGCGUUACCGUGAUGCGUUUGAAUGUAUGACCCUCCUAUCGCAGAGACUAGGCUCACAAAAGUUGUUCUUUGGCGACACUCCCUCAUCAUUGGAUGCAUAUGUGUUUGCACACCUGGCUCCUCUGUUGAAGAUCAAGCUGCCAAAUGGAAAGCUGCAGCAACACCUCAUCUCUUUGAACAACCUGCAACAGUUCUGUACCAACAUCCUAGGACUCUACUUCCCUUCUGAUGAACAAGAGGCCCCAGGUCGCAAGACGCAUGUUCAGCCUGACAGCGGCGACUAUGAAAAUGAGCCCCACAAGCGCUGUAACCUGAUUCUUUCUGUUCUGUUCGCCGUGGGAGCCAUGCUUGGAUACGCUAUCAUCACCGGGAUUGUUAAAAUCAGCCAUGAGCAGCCAGAGCUGAAGAAUUCUAGCCAUUAUGAUAAAGAAGAAGAUGAGGAAUAAAUGGAGAAAAUGUGGGAUAGAUGUCACCAUUGACAACGAGCGUACCUUAGUGCUCACCUGCCAUUCAGAGCGGAGCACAUAUAUUGUCUCCCUUUAUGCACGAGUGUGCUCUGCCAGAAUCGUUCACCUGACGUAGCCUCAGGUGAGCCUCUUAUUGGUGCUUUUUCUUUUAUAGUAAUUAUUGUUAAUAUUAAUGUUAUCAGUUAUGAUUCUCUGGUGUUGUGAACUGUAAUUUUUUCAGGACUUGCAUAGGCAUUCAGAUUUUGGUUUUAUCUUGUGGUCUACUUUGCAGAAAACUUGUUACUUAAGAAAAUGUCAAACACUCCAUGUUUGUUUGCAUCUAUCUGAAAAUGGAAAAUAGAUCUAUCUGUAAAACUUAACUUCGUUUUCGGAACUCUGACACUUGGAAUGGAAUGGAAUGCAAUAUUUUUAAGUGUAGUAAUGGGUAAGUACAUGGUCUUAGAAGUACACUGUUACACACUACAAAAUAGAAAUACAGAAGAAGCCUGUUAACAUUAACAGCUGCACUGUUAUGCUUCAUCACUUGUAGAUGGACUGUAAAUAUUACUUUUAAUUUGGUGCAGCGAUGUGAUAUGAUGAACUGCAGACUAAACGUAGAGUCAAAUGAUUGACAUUUUCCUACACAUUGCAGAGAACUUACAGAUUAAACUUGCUAAAAACUUCUUAUCUAAAACCAACAAUCUAGGAGUUCUUUAAAUGUCACUCCAGACCCAAAGCUUAAUCAAUCAGGUGGGUUUUAGAGCUCUCCAGAGGACUGCUGAGGAGAUCUUUAUUAUGUCUUGCCCAACACUGCAAUGAAGUUGGACCCGGUGGCCAUUAUACAGCUGGGGUGCUCCAUCUCGAUCGUUCACUGGAAUCUCAAGGCACAGUGGAGUCAUCCAUUUUGUUGCAUGGAGGCCAGACCUACCCUGGCCUGGACCUCACUGGGUUGACCCUCUCAAAAAAUAUUAAGUUCACUGAUAGAAAUGUAUUUGUUAUGACAUGAUUCCGCAUUUAUUUACACAAUGUUUUUUUGGUAAAUAAACUUCUGUGCAUUUUCAUAUUUUGCUGGUCCAUAAACAAUAAAAUCAA